AUGUCUGCCUUCACGCGCAUCCAUAGCGACAAGCUCGCCAAGUUCAGCUUUAGCCAUGGAGCAGUCAUCCACCCCAACGCCCAAACCAUCGUCCUGGCCGGCAAGGUAGGCUCCAUUGACCUCAAGGGCACAAUGGCUGCGACAUUCGAGGAGCAAGUCGCUGCUACCUUCAAAAAUAUCGAGAUUGCUCUGGCUGAGGUCGGCGCUACCCCCAAGGACAUUGUUCACAUGAGGUACUAUGUCACCGACGUUCAGACCCGAGACAUGGUGGCCUUCCGAAAAAUUAGGACGGACUUUUUGGGUCGGUUCCCAGGCGCUGCUCCUGCUGGGACUGUUCUCAGCGUGCUUGCGGCAGACCCCGACAUUCUGUUUGAGGUGGAUGUCAUUGCCGCAAUUCCUGUGCAGUCAAAAUUGUAA